AUGGUGGCUGGAAAGUGUUUCUUCAACAAAUCCGACCCCCCAGAGUUCGUGUUCCGUGUAUUCACCAAUGUCCCUGAAUUCCAGGCUCUCCUCUUCACCCUUUUCCUCCUGCUCUAUCUGAUGAUCCUCUGUGGCAACACUGCCAUAAUCUGGGUGGUGUGCACCAAUAGUUUCCUGCGCACACCCAUGUAUUUCUUCCUAGGCAGUCUGUCUCUCGUGGAAAUCUGCUACAUCACAGAUGUAGCACCCUUGAUGCUUUCCAACAUCCUUGGAGCCCCAAAGCCCAUGCCGUUGGCUGCUUGUGGGACACAGAUGUUUUUCUUUUCUGUCUUUGGCUGCACUGACUGUUUUCUCUUGACAGUCAUGGCCUAUGACAGAUAUGUUGCCAUCAGCCACCCACUACACUACAGCCUCAUCAUGACCCAGAAGCUGUGCGUUAAGAUGGUGCUGGGCUCCUUGGGCCUGGCACUCCUUCUCUCCUUGCAGCUUACUGCCUUUACCUUUACAUUGCCAUUCUGUAGACAUCGCCUGGAAAUCAACCACUUCCUUUGUGAUGUGGCUCCCAUCAUGCGCCUGGCCUGUGCUGACAUCCAUGUGAGCCAGGCAGUCCUCUAUGUAGUGAGCAUCCUGGUGCUGACAGUCCCAUUCCUGCUGAUUUGCAUCUCCUAUGUGUUCAUUGCGUCUACCAUCCUGCGCAUGCGCUCUGCAGAGGGUCGUCAGAGGGCCUUCUCCACCUGCUCCUCCCACCUCACUGUGGUUUUGCUACAAUAUGGCUGUUGUAGCCUGGUGUACCUGAGGCCCCGCUCCAGCACUUCAGAUGAUGAGGCCCGCCAAAUUGCUCUGGUUUACACUUUUGGUACCCCGUUACUCAACCCUCUGAUUUAUACCCUUAGGAACAAAGAUGUCAAAGGUGCACUGAGGAACUCUCUCUUCCAUAAAGCAGUACCUGACCCUAGUUGA